UUUUUUUCAGCUUUUGUCAAAUUAGGACAAGUAGCCACAUCCGGGUGUUCAACAUGUGCCUUGUCGGUUUCUUAGCAACGGCGUUGUGUAUACUUUGAGGGUUGAGAGCUAGCACGUUUAUGAUAAUUUUACACAGAUGCGAGUUUUUUGGGGACUGUUGUCGAAAGUACAACAUUAAAUGGAUGGUAGAAAAGACCUUCACCUUUCGGUGGGGAAAUCUAAAGGUAAAAUACAUCCCCAGCCAUGGUACAAGGAGAGAUUGCACACAAAGUAUCUAAAAGAAAAGGGGAAUAAACAACAACUAUCUGGGGCACUAAAUGGCUCCAGAUGGCGCUUUUUAAAAAACGGAAUAGAUGAUUUCCGAGAUGGCUACCCGCCUCUUCGAGGGGAUGAUUAUUUUAUUCCAAAUCAGAAGGGCCCUCGCCCUGUUGUUCAUGGUGAGCCAGUCUCUUUGAAACAACAGCCAAGAAAGAGAUUCACCAAAGAACAGGUGUGUUACUCAAAGCAGACCCCGUUACAGCAGGCUCGCGGGGAGUACAUCGAGGAGAUUGAGUAUGGCCUUACCCAGCACCCCCUGGCUCUCUAUCCACACCUGGAAGAAGGUCUGCCUCCAGAGCUUUUUGAGGAGGUCGUGGAUAUCCUUGACCCUGAGAUGCACUUGAGUAGCGAGAUUGGAUCCUGCAGAGCAGACUCUGCAAAAGAGCAGGAUGAACUCUCUACCGACCAACAGAAGACAAAAGACCGAGCUCUGUCUACAUCUAAAGGGGAGCUGAGCACAAGGCCUUCUGCCAGUGCCAUAAGUGAAGACUCGAAACAUAAAAACCCGUACAUGUGGCUUCAAGACAAGGAAGAGGCGGUGAAGGAUGAUAAGAAAAUGAAGAUAAAGUGCCUUCCAUCUCCAUCCCUUGAUGAGGACAUAAAGCAGAUCACUAAGGAGUUUUGUGAAUGGGUGGCUUCCUUGGGUGGAGAGAGUAAUAACCUGGAUGAGUCCACUCUAAUGAGCCUCUUUGGCAGUGGGUACGAGAGCAAGCCUGCCCUCACAGUACCUAUCCAGGUUGUGGAGCUGACCAAUGUGCCUGCAGAGUUAAGAAUGGCUGUCGGGGAAUUUCGACCACCGACUGACACUAAAUCACAGUUUGAAAAGGAUGGUGAAAUACCAAUGAAAUCUUCUUACCAUCCAAGCUGGGUUAAGGUGAAGUAUGGAGCCUGGUAUCUUGACCCAAAGACAUGGAAGAAAAGAAAUGCAGAUGAACCACUCAAAGACCCUAAUGAUGUUCGUGAAGAAAAACUGGACAAAAUGCAUAAACUUAGUGAAAAGGAUGAAGAGUUAAUGCAGCUGCAUGGGACACACACCUUCAAAGAGUUUAUUCUAAACAAGGGAGUCAGAGAGCCUGAGUUCCUUAAGAAGAUCUUCUCGCAAGAAGAUGAAAAUGGAAAAGCUGAGAAGGACAGUAAAAUAGGAAGUAGAAAGGAUCACAACAGAGCUAUAUCUACAUCAACACACGCUGGAACAAUUGUUUAUUAAUGGACUUCUUUGUUAGUUGUAUUUGUAAUGUUUGAUGUUGUUUUUGUAAUUCCUUUGUUUUUAUUCAAACCUGCCUUUAAUCUCUAAUUCUGUUUGAAAGAAAUGACAUGCUUGUUUAUUGUAUUGUCUUAUUCCUAUGUGUUAAUGCAUAUGGAUAAUCAGGUGCUGUUUUACAGGUAUUCAUCUCCAUAAGUCAGGUUCAAUAAAAAACAUUGCACGCACUUAAGGGGGAUCAUUACAGUCACAUAAAUAUUGUACAAUUUGUGUAAAAUCAUCAGUUUAUCAGAAUGUAUUAUUCCCGUUUGGGAUUAUACUUACAGUGGUAAUUACAUGUGCUGUUUAGUGAACAAAUACAUAAUCCUUAGAGGUUGUGCUAUUUUUAUAUGAAUUAUUUGGAAGUCAAGCUUCAGCCAAAUAAAACCUUUUUUCUGGAGCAUGUUGUUUUUGAGAUGUAAGGGCUGAGGUUUUGGCUCUGCAGUACUGCUGCUUAUUCAUAAUUGAAGACCUUUCUAGGCAAUGCAUAAUUAGUUAACUUAUUACAGUGGCAUACAGUGGAAAUAACGUCUUAAUGAAUUGUACCUGGCUAUCCAAGUAUUCCACAAUGAUUGCAUUGAUAACAAUGUUUUGUUUCUAGUGAAUUGAGACCUUAACAAAUUCAACAAAUCCAUGCCGUGCUAGAGCGGGGCUCUAAUGAACCCUAAUAUUAGUAAUAACGACGUCCUAUUACCCUUAUCGCAGAUAUCUGUUGUAACGAUUAGGUUUGCUACUUUAGUGAACAAUGGUAUGUUGAAAAUACAUAAUAUACUUUUAAUAUUUGAACUUAAUAUUUGUAUGUCUAAUUCUACAUCCACGACACCUGUGUUGUCAGUUUAAUAUUGUCCACCCACACUUCUUUACGACUUUUUCAAUGAAGUUAAUUGUCUGGUGCCAAGCUAAUUGGCAGGACUCUGACGCACACCUGACUGCAGAGAGAAGCAAGUGUUUUGUCAUUGCUGCAGCACCGACGGAGAGUGAUUACGUAAACCAGACAGAUUAAAAAGGGUUAGAAUAAACCCAGUCUACAGCUGGCCACUGGUGAGCAGAUGACAUUGCAGUCAGCAGGAAAAACGCAAGAGUAAAGAGAGCCGACAUAUUUUUUUGGUGAAAUGAUUAGUGGAUUUGGGCCGUCAGUACUUCUGGGGAUUAUCGUGGUGCUGUCGGCAUGGGCAUUAUUCAUAAUACAGAGGAAUAUCUUUGGUCAAAAAGGCAAAAGAAAUGCAGGAGAAACUGGAGCGGAGAGGCUUCCUGCUGAGGCUGAGGAAAAGACGGACGUGAAAAGCACAGGCAAUUUGGAAAGUCCCUGCAUCAAAGAAGCAACAGAUCAUCUGACGAAAAAUGGGGGCAACAUACAAGAGUCCAAAGAGACAUCCUGUGUUGAGGAACCCAUGCAAGAGGAAGAUGCUGCAGCAAGCACUGACAGUGGUUCUACAUCACCGAACGAAAUGGACCUGCCUUCUGUUGAAGGACACCAUACUUGCACUGUGCCUGGUAGUAAUGAGCAUUUGAGUGAGAAAAAUCAAACUCGGCUCCCAAAAAAAGAAGCGACGGUAACGGGCAGGAAAAUGACGGGCUCUAAAGCGGAUAUGAACAGUGCAUGGGAACCCAGUAUGGAAAAAACUGAAAUAAGCAUCAUGGAGGCAACAAUGAAUGACAAUGAGUGGCUGAAGGGGCUUGACGACAACUCUGAUGGAGUUCUGCAUGGCGGAGAGAGUACAAAAAUGCAGGACGCGCAAUCGGGCGUUCACACAGAUUCAAGAGCGAAAGAAGAGAGCGCGCGGGGAGACCUGGACACCGCAGGUAUACAGGAGUCUGUGCAGACCAGUAAGAAGAUUUUGGCUGUGUCACCAAUGCCACAGAAUGUCGGUGUGUCUUUCCGUGUGCACUAUAUUACUCGUUCACCGUUCCAGUUGAUUGCUGUUACUGGGAACCACAGGGAGCUUGGAAACUGGGAGAACUACGUGCCUCUAAGGCAGGAUAAAGAUGGAUUUUGGUGCAAUUCCGUUACCCUACCGGCUGAUGUGAAGAUGGAAUGGAAGUUUGUGAUGGUGGAGAAUGGCAAGAUCAAGCGCUGGGAAGAGUGUUUCAACAGAUGUUUGGAAACCACCCAUGAUGACAUUCAAGCGCACACAUGGUGGGGAUGUCACGUGUAAUCUGGUGCUGAAAUCUUCUGAAUUGAGGCUUUUGCUGCAAAGGCAAGGCAUUCAGUUGCACUUCCAGUAACUGGUGGUUAAUAUCUGUUGCAGGAAUGUUAAGGAGUAAAGUGUUUGGUGUGGUGUCGUCCCCCCCCCCCCCCCCCCCAUUGUGGAACCUUUUAGUGAUCUGCUCACUGUUAGACCAAUGGAUAUGUAAACUUGUAUAUUACUAAUUCAUGUUGAUGACUGUCUGGACAGUGUUUAGUAGAAUAAUGACAACAUUUUUGCUUUACCUUCCAUUACAGUAGUAUGCAUUUUAAUGCUGUUGAUGUAAAAAGAAAGAAUGGCUUUAAUAGAUAGCUGUGUUAAACAUGUUGAUCUUAAUAACUUUUCCAACUGCUUGUAGCUGUCCUAAUUGUUUAUAUAGAGCAGCCUAGACUUGGAUGAAAUUGGUUGUGCUUACAGGCACAUGAAUAAUGUUGAGCCAUUUGAUUUGGAUUAAAGAUGGGUUUUCCCUCAUGUCGACCCUGUACACUUCAAAAAAGACAGUAUUGACAGUCCAGUUUACAUUCCCAAAAGGUAGUUUUAGCAUGUCCCAGGCUCAUGUGAUAGGAGGAAUCAUUUGGCUGUGUUAUGCUUUUAAUUCCAAUCAUAAAAACAAACUUGGUAUAAAGUGUGUUUUUUUUUU